AUGGAUAAAGAAUAUUUUCGUUUCUAUAUUAAAGUGCGUACUGCACUUCAUAUCGACCCGAUAGUUAUUCAUAAUGAAUUAAACACUGUCUUUGGUGAUGAAACUCCUCCUCUACGAACUGUUCAACAAUGGUCAAAAUGGUUUCGUGAUGGUCGAGAAGAUGUUGAAGAUGAAGAAAGAGUUGGAAGGCCAAUAACAGAGACAACAGCUGAAAAUAUUCCACAGGUUCAUGAUCUUAUCAAUGAUGAUCCUCAAAUCACGAUUAAAGAACUUGAAGCAGAAAGUAGUUUAAGUCAUGGAACCAUUCAGCAAAUUAUUUCUGAUCAUUUGCAAUUGGAAAAAGUUACUGCUCGUUAUGUUUCUAAACAUUUGACAAGCUUUCAAAAGGCUGAACGAGUACGAAUAUGCCAGGAAAACUUAUCAAAGUUUGAACAAGAUCAAAUUGCCCGAAAAUCAUCGAAUGUAGCUUGGGUAGCACGUGGAGAUCCUCCUCCAACGGUGUCGACUGAUUCAUUUUUGAUUCAUUCUGCUAGACGUGGACACAUAAUUAAUCAUGAUUAUUACAUUGAUAAUUGUCUGCGAUCAGUUAUUGAUGAAGUUAAGAAACAAAGAUCUUCCCUAGGUGUUCAAUCCAUUAAACUCCAUCAUGAUAAUGGAAAACCACAUAUUCAUGAAGAUGUUAUCAGGUAUCUGCAGUCAGAAGGUGUAACUGUAAUGUCACAUCCACUUAAUUCUCCAGAUCUGUCACCAUGUGAUUUUUAG